CUCCUUAUGAUUUCAAUAUUAUUAACUGUCCUAAUCAUUCAUAUUUGGAAAUCAUAAAUCAAUUUCAACCAACCACUUUGGCUGAAUAUUCCUCAUACCAAGUCAUGGAAUAAAACAAAACCAAUGCCGCGUGAAAACAACCAAUCUAGCUCUUAUAUCACUGAAAACAAUUGAAGUGUAACUCAUUUGUUGUAUUCUCAAAAGACUUAAUCAUGGAGCUUCAAUGUUUCUACAUUCUUCAUCUCACUGUUAUGUUCCUAAGUAUGUUUCCUCAGUUACUCAACUGCCAACAAGAAUAUCUCAAUAGCACUGUCUUUGACUGCACUAACAACCCUUCUGUACCAAAAGGAUACCUCUGCAAUGGCCUUAAAAAGUCAUGCACUUCCUUUUUAGUUUUCAAGUCAAAACCUCCCUAUGACAAACCUGCAAAAAUUGCCAACCUUCUUGGAUCUGAAGCCUCUACUAUAGCCUCGAUCAACAAGAUAACCAUAAAUGAGAAGAUUCCUUCAAAUAAAUCAAUCUUUGUCCCGGUUUUUUGUUCAUGUGCUGGAAAUAUCUACCAGCAUAGCACAUCUUACUCUGUCAAGCAGAAUGACACCUAUUAUGAGUUGGUAAAAGAAACUUAUCAAGGCCUUACAACCUGCCAGGCAUUGAUGGGUCAGAAUUACUAUGCUCCUGUCAACAUUGCAGUUGGUGCUGAGCUUACAGUUCCAGUACUAUGUGCUUGUCCAACGAAAAACCUGACAGCAAAAGGGGUUACAUCCUUGCUAGUUCACAUGGUGAACUACGGUGACACAGUUAAAUCCAUAGGAGAAGCUUAUGGUGUUGAUGAACCUAGCAUGCGAGAGGCCAAUGAGUUACCGGUGCUACAAAGUGCAAACAGCACUGUGAUCCUCUUUGCUUUGACGCCUAUAAUAGUUCCUCUGAGAAGCAAGAGUUGUAAAGAGAACCCAGAGAGAUUCUACUGCAAAUGUUUUGAGGAACUACAUGCUGAUGGAAGCUCCAAGGGUGUCUUCUGUGAUGAAUCUCAUCGUCAAAAACUCCCUGCAAAAUUGGUUGCUGCCUCAGGUAUUGGAAUUGGUACAGGCUUUCUGUGUUUGUUUCUUUUGGGUUACAAAUUAUAUCAAUGCAUAAUGAAAAAGAGAGAAAGAAUCCGAAAGGAAAAGCUGUUCGGGCAAAACGGCGGCUACUUGUUACAAGAGAAGUUAUCAUCAUACGGAAACGGAGAAAUGGCAAAGCUUUUUACUGCAGAGGAGCUGCAAAGAGCAACAGAUAACUAUAACCGAAGUAGGUUUCUCGGCCAGGGUGGCUAUGGCACGGUGUACAAAGGAAUGUUACCUGAUGGAACCAUAGUAGCAGUUAAAAAGUCGAAACAGCUUGACAGGAACCAGAUAGAAACUUUUGUCAAUGAAGUAGUCAUCUUAUCUAACAUCAACCACAGAAACAUUGUCAAACUCUUAGGUUGCUGUCUUGAGACAGAAACCCCAUUACUUGUUUACGAAUUUAUUCCAAACGGAACUCUUUCUGAACAUAUACAUAGGAAAGACCAUGAGUCGUCCCUUUCAUGGGAAAAUCGCCUUAGAAUUGCUUGUGAAGUUGCUGGAGCAGUUUCAUAUAUGCAUUUUUCAGCUUCUAUUCCAAUCUUCCAUAGAGACAUCAAACCCACCAACAUACUCUUAGAUAGUAACUAUAGUGCCAAAGUGUCUGAUUUUGGAACAUCAAGAUCAAUACCACUAGAUAAGACUCAUCUAACCACAUUUGUAGGCGGAACUUUUGGGUACAUAGACCCUGAAUAUUUUCAGUCCAGUCAAUUUACAGAUAAGAGUGAUGUAUAUAGUUUUGGCGUUGUUCUUGUAGAGAUUAUAACCGGUAGAAAGCCCAACUCAUUCUAUGAUGAAGAUGAUGGUCAGAAUUUGAUUGCACAAUUCAUUUCUGUAACGAAAGAGAACCAACUUCCUGAAAUUGUAGAUUCCAGAGUGCAAAAGGAAGCCGGGAAAGACACCAUUCUUACUAUUUCAAAUCUUGCAAUGAGGUGUUUGAGACUUAAUGGUAAAAAAAGACCAACAAUGAAAGAGGUUUCAGCGGAAUUAGAAGCACUGAGAAAGGCGCAAAGUUCCUUUCAAAUCAACCAUGAUAUUGACGAAUCAUCAAGUGAUGAUGAACAAUCAUUUGGGCACAUAAUCAAUGAAACAACAACAGAGCAAGAAUCAACAGAGGAAAGCAUUUCAGUUUCCUUACAAAUCGAAUCCGCGUCCUUCUGAAAUGCCGAACUGAUACUUUUAUUUUCUAAUCCACCGUAAUUAGGAUCUUGUCUUUGACCCCUAGUAAACGCGCCACGGCCUUUUAGGUUACUUCUAUGAGACUAAUUCUCGAGUUGGCUGCGGAACAUCUAGUUUUGGCCAUGUUAGGUUGGGUUACAUUAUGUUUUGCGCUUCAUUUUCAGCAUAUGAAUGAAGAUGUAUCAUGUAUGAUGUAUCUACCUCCAAUGUAAAUUAUUUUAACAUUGACAACAUCUUAGCGAAAAAGAAUGACAUGAGCAUUAACUUCUUCCUUGGAUUAAGUAAAUACUUAUCAUUUGCAACCAUGAAAAUUUGAGUUGAAAUUUAAAAGCAAUAAUCGAUAAGCAGGCUACAUAUAAAACUUCCCACAUUUACAAAAUGAUAAUCUAACAAACUAUGAAAAAUCGAUAUACAACAUGAAUACAUGAUGCAAUUUACAGUAACACUAUUAAACAAGUUUAUCAAUAACGAAUUAAUUAUCCUAAAUGAUAAGCAUCGUGACAGGGUGACACUUACAUGUCGCAAACGAAAGAAGAUUCCAUGGAAGCAAACAGGGGAGUGAAUAGAGAAAGAAGACGCGGAUGCAGAAUGCUAUACGCGAGCAGCAGGUGUGUUGAUGAUGCUACGUACGUUUCAUCCAAUUUUAUGGAAAUUGAAACCGAUUUUCCGAUGCCAGUCGGAGUUAAACUUCAAUCAUUCAUGAGCGCCAUCAUGCUCAAUUAGAUCGUAUUAGGAAAUGUUGCUGAAUUUAGUGUACGAGUGAUUACAAUUUUAGUUACAACGCGUGUUGUAAAGGAGAAAAGGGUUUGAGAAAAUAUGUGUCUAUCCUCAAUAACUCAUAGUC